AUGGGUCGCGUGAAGUAUACUGCUCGCAGAAAGAAGAGAACAGCCAACCCUCCUUCUAACCAGCUUGCUCCUCACACCAAAGAGCCUUCUACAAAUCCCCAGCCUGUAAACACUGUACCACCCGAAAUCCAAACUAAAGCCCGACCUCGCAAUGACCUUAGCCAGAGGUCGAAUGAUGUGAGGGAACCGACAGCAGGAAGUGAUACUGGAGGAGACAUCCCUGAGCAGCAUCAGGAUGUGUCACAGCCCCCGAGAAGGCAGGCAAUAGGAGUGACCAUCAAGGAACCUUCCAAUAUCCCACGAGCUGCUGCUGUUCCGACCCAACACGGGAAGGGCAAGCAGAAACUUCCAGAAUACCCCCAGCCUAUACUCGAGUCUUUUGAUGAGAACGUCAUGACUUCUGAAGAGGCGUUCGAUCUGUAUAGAAAACCCAAAGGCAAGACUUUUGCGAGCAGAAGGAAAGAGAGCAGGCGGCACCCCGGGGAAAGUAGCAGCGUCCCUUCCAAGAAGAGGGCUAAGACUGAGGACCCUCCUACACCUGUACCUUCCAGGGAAACUACUCCUCCUCCAGCACCCGUUAACCCGACUCCCUCAGCUCCUGUAGACUUGACUCCUCCAGCUUCUGUCAAUCCAACGCCUCCUGAUCAGUCAGGAAAAGCCCAGGCCAAGGCUGUCUUGAACACAGCCUAUAACUCGGCCAAUGACAAACUGAAGAAGCUAUCAAAACAUCGAUACAGUCAGGAAGCCUUUAGAAAUGUCUCCUCCAUGAAGGUCGAGCAGAGCCUCAGUCGCUCGCUGAAUGAGAGACUCAGUGGAGUUUUAACAUUGAGUACCAGCUGGCCCUGCUCAGAGGAGACGUCUGCCAAGCAUGCUAAAGAGAUUAAGGUUGUCGAGGGACGACUCGCCGAGCAGGUCAAGGCGGCCGAUGGCGAGGAGCUGAAGCAACACAAGGAGGCCUUGGCCAAAGUCACUGAGGCCAAAGAGAGGUAUAAGGAUUCUUCAGUGUUGAACUUCAAAGAGGCCUCCAAACUCCAAGACGAACUGGCGAUCAGGAGGAAAGAAACUGCUGAACUGGAGGAGCGAGUCAAGUUGCUCGAAGAGACCAACGCUAGUGACUUGGAGAGAAUGAAGCAGGCUGAGUUGGCUAAGUGCGUUGCUCGCCUGGAGGAAGAGGAGACAGCUCAGGGAUCCCCUGAGAUUUCUUUAGCCACAGGGAUUGAAGGCAUGGACGAGGGUGCUGAUACCACAAUCGACCAGCAGCCUCAGCAAGAUCCUCCAUCUGCUGCUGCUGCUUCAUAA